GGCUUUUAUUUUGAAUUCGUGAACGGGAAGUGAAGCAGCUGCAGUCAGUUAGUCAGGCUGCAGUUUACAGAUAUUGACACAAACCUUCUAAAACUCGCUCUAAAACAACCCGCUAGUAAUGCGAAGCACGGCAUGGCAGACAGACAGGACAAUGAGGUGGAGGAGGCUGAGCAGGUAUACCUGCUGAUGAAAGAGGAGUACAGGAUAUCACGCAAUGUGCGUCUGUCCUGGUUCCUCAGCCGUCUCAAUCAGGUCAUUCGGCCCAGUCCACAGUCUGAGCUGCUGAAGUCAGAGAAUGAGCUGGAUGUUUUGAGCGUCCUCCCGAAAGGAUGGCAGCCCGAUUCUCCUCCCUCGUCCUGCUCGUGUCUGCUGGUUCCCUCCACGCGUGUGACCUUCCUGGCUCGCAGGUACCGCUUCAUCAUCGAGCUGGACCUGAGCCCAUCCACCGGGAUCGUGGAUGACAGCACAGGAGAGAUGAUCUUUGAUGAAGUCUUCCAUGCUCUGUCUCGGUGCUUGAUUGGUCUGGCAAAACCCUUUAAAGUCCCAGGAACUGAUCACGUGUUCCAGCCAGAGAUCUUCAUCACUAUUCUGGCAUAUUCCUCCAUCAUUGGCCUUAGUUCUCAUCAGGUGUUGGUUCAGGGCUGUCAGCUGGACUGUAUGGAUUUGGAGCAGUUCUUGCAUCAGAUCUAUCAGCAGCUGAGAGCCGUAGAGAGCAGCAUCGCUGAAGUCCUGCAGCAGCAGCACAAUCAGUUCAGUGGAUCUGUUUAUCAGUCCUUCUCCAAUGACGCUGUAGAGGAACCGUUUCAGAGGAAGCCGGGGGUUUCAAUGGUGACGGCAGAUGUCGGGCUGGUCAGCAUGGUGAGGCAGGGGAUUCUGGCGCUGCAACUUCUGCCUCCAAACUCUGGUGCAGGUAUAAUAAUUAUCACAGAUGGAGUGACGAGCGUUCCUGAUGUAGCUGUGUGUGAAACUCUGCUGAACCAGCUGAGAAGUGGAACCAUCGCCUGUUCCUUUGUUCAAGUGGGCGGCGCAUACUCUUACGACUGUAGUUUUGGCUACAUCCCCAACGUGGAGCUGAUGAAGUUCAUCUCCAUGGCAACCUUUGGCUCCUAUCUGUCCAUGUGUCCAGAAUCUGACUUGACAGGCGACGAGAUGAACGCUUACCACCGCUCCUUCCUCACAUACUCCUUCCUGAGGACCGGAGAGUCCAUGAACCCAGAGUACUACUGCUGUAAGCACAACUCAGGGUUAAGAGAAGUCUCCCAGCACAGACUUUUUAAUGAACACCUGGUGUCAGCCAGUGGAAACCCCGCCUUAGUGAUGCGCAGGAAGAAACACACCGAGAAGGAAGUGCAUGCUGAUUUGAUCAGUGUGCUGUCUAUCAGACUGAGAGAGGGAUACACCAUCCGAGAGAUUAACAUCACUAAAGGAGGAAGUCAGCUGGAGGUGAAGCUGGUCCUCCUUUGGAAGCAUAACAUGCGCAUCGAGUACCUUGCUGUGGCGUCCUGGCCCCUGGAUCCAAUCAAACGCACCACCUGGGUGGAGGUGACGAUGGAGGGCAGUUAUGACAUCCUCCAUGACAUCAGCUGCACCAUGCGGAAACCAAUCACAAGCCCCUACCGGACGUCUGUCAUCCGUCGCUUCUGGAACACUCUGCAGAGCAUAAAUCAGACAGACCAGAUGUUGGUGCACUUGCAGUCCUUUAAUUCCAUCCCAGAACAUUACACCAUCCCCGAAAGCACGAAGAAUGGUGUUCCUCUUUUUUACAUCCCACCUGGAUCCACCACACCAGUCCUCUCCCUCCAGCACAGUGGCUCUAAAGACUCCAGCCAAUCGCAGUUUGCCUCCUACUGGAAGCCCAUCCUGUCCAUGGACGCUAACUUCUGGCAGCGCUGGCUGCACAUGCAUCGCAUUGCUAUCAUUCUGGAACAUGACAUCCCAGUCCCAAAGCAUGUGCACAAUGCUGGCAGUAAUGGUCGAUUCAGUACCGUCCAGUGUCGGAUCUCUCACUCUGCCCUCACCUCGCUGCUCAGGGACUGGAGCAGUUUCGUCCUGGUGGAGGGAUACUCAUACGUCAAACUUAUUUACAGUGCCUCUGAGUUGCCACCCGUAUCCUUCUAUCUGGUGCGUCUGAUCUCUAAAGCUCCCUGCAUGGUGCUGCGAUUGGGCUUCCCAAUAGGAACUCUUGCACACACCAGGAACAAGAUUCUGGAUGAACUUCGAGAGCAGAUCCUGCGGCUGCGGUUCCCUCAUCGAGUCCAGAAUAAGGAGGCCACGCCAAAGACCAAGCGGAAGAUUCUGGGUAACGCGUCACCUUCCAAGUCUCCACCUCUUCCUGUGCCCAAACCGGCGCUGUCUGACCGGCCGUGUGUGGUGGUGCUCAAUAAACCUCUUGAAAAACUACUGAUCAGGUACGAGAAACUUCCGUCAGAUUUCCGUACCCCUUUUAUCCUAAACAUGGAGCCGUUCGCCCAGCCGCCCAUCAUGGGCGCCCCUCUCAGCAUGGCUGCCAGCAGGACGGCGUCCUCCACUGUGGCGUCACUCUCCCGCUACUUCCUGCACCAGCGCUGGGUUUGGGCCGUGCAAAACGGGCCGGGAACCGCUGUAUCGCUGCAUGCAGUCGCUCAUAUCCUCUCCAUGCUCUCUGAUAUCCGUCUGUCUGAAGGCUUCCAUUUUGCCGCCAGUGGGGAGGGUAUCGUCAACAUGGUGACAGAGCUGCCAAUGCAGAGUCUGCCAGCUGAUUUGGAUGGAGAAAAACACACCUGCAUAGUCCAGUACAUCCUAUUUCCACCUCAUUCCACUUCUACCAAGGACAGUUUCUCCACAGAUGAUGACAAUGAUACUGAAGUGGAGGCCAUAGAUGUGGACACAGAGCUGAGUUUGGUGACGGAGUGUUGGGUGGAGCCUCAGAGUGGAACUGUCUGCAGCUCAUUGGACCAGCAGCGGCACUUUCAGAACCUCACGUACCAGGAGAUCCCUCAGGCUAUUUUUCCACGUGAUCUGUCGUGCAUGACCACAAUGAUCACUUUUGAAUACCUCAUUCAACUGUGUCAGAAUAAGGAGCAGGUGUGCCCUCUCAACAGUGUCAAAGAUGCUCCAGGCGAGGUCCCCCCCGCUGCUGCUGCUGCUGAUGACUGCAUACACACUGUGCCUUUCCAGUUUGACCUGAUGAAACUCUUGCCCAAGUGCCAGCAAAUAGAGCUCUUCUUCUACACCUUUAGCCGAGAAGGGCAAGUGGACGCAUCCUGUAGCACCUCCUCUCUGCCCAACGACCUCCUCCUCAGCCUCUUCCACGGCUCUCUGCAGAAUGAGCUCAGUGAUCGAGAGAUCCCAUUGACUGAUGAGGAUCAUGUGGCGUUCAUGCAUCACAUACUGGAGCGGGAAAGAGAUGGUCAUGUGGCUCCAUUCUCACUACCUGUCAUUAAAGAAGAGAGCUUGAAGACUCCGGAGAGGCAGGACACAGUUCUUUCUUUCCACACUAUUGGAAGCAGUAAAGAGGUGACGGGGUCCUCCAGCACACUACAGAGUUUCAGCAAUGCAGAUCUUGUAGAUGAUGAGCCAGCUGGCCUGGAGCAAGACGGCUUAUCUCCUCACUGGAAAUGUUACGCCAAAUACAUCAGCCAUCAGCAGAUCCUGCUCACUUUCCUGCCAGCUACAUUUACAGAUGUGCACCUUUUGAUGUCUUCUGGGCUGGAAACUGAACCUCCAAUCAACAGCAGCCUCCUGGAAGAGGAGGAGACCUGUAGUCAUGGCAACAGCCAAACACAGGCAGACUCCAUCAGCAUUUCUGCCAAUGGUCCACAGGUUGCUGCUGAUGUUGGUUCUGGUCAACAUGGAGAAGAUAUCAGGGGCCACUCUGCAUCCAGAGAGGGGUCCACAGUUGAACCAGAAGCAGUAUUGGAGACGUCUACAGAACAAACCAACAUGAAUACAAGCGAUGCAGCUUCAGAAGAGAAGGAUGGCGUGCAGUUUAUGGAGCCCCAAAAGCGAGACUGUCACAUCACAUUCAGCAGACAGGUGUCUCAGCAGAGCGGCACUGACGCCGCACGACCCCGUUGCCCCAUCUACAUCUACAACUGCUCACUGGACUCCCUCAAAGAACAGCUGGUCCAUCCACGGUCAGGACGGAAGCCCAGAGACGUCUUCUUCAGAGGGCAUCAUGUGGUCAUCCUAAUGUUUUAUUGUCUGGUUUCUCUUUGGAUGAGAAGAGCUCAAGAGACAGACACCUGGGAGUUCAGUCAGCAGCCCAAAUACAGGUCAAUCUCUCAAGAGCGCAGCAGUGCCUCCUCCUGGACUGAGCUCAUGACGCACCCUCACAAACACAAAGAAGUGGCCAACUACUGCAGCCUUCUACAGGAACACUACUACCAGAGCUAUGUCAAAGGUGUUUAUCGCAGUCUGCAGCAGUCGUACAACGUGAGCUCGCAGGACGUACUGACGGCCAUGGACUACUGCGAGGAGUCGCUGCAGGAGAUCGACAUCACUUCCUUCCUGCAGACCCUGUGCGGACACAUACGUGUGUUUCGUGAACGUCAUGAGCUGCACGGCUGUGUCAACAUAAGCAAGUCCACUAACGGUCCCACCACAUUCAUCAUUGGUGAGGGAGAGGAUAAUGGAGCUGACAGAGCCACACUGGUAUCUUCAUCCAGUAUUGAACUGGAGGAUGUGAGCGAAGCUGAUUCCAGAGGAAAACUCUCUGUCCCCUCCUCCCCGCUGGACCUGGAUGAACCGAGGUCUCCGAAAAUCCCAGAAUUCCCUCUGUCUCUUCUCCAGUCCCAGCAGAAGUGUGAAGUGUAUCCUGAUUUGCAUAAAAUCAUACAGGAUAAGUUCAUGGAAAUUGGUGCUCAGUAUUUCAAGACUGUACCGUCCAACCCACAUUAUUUCUUUUACUGCCUUCCAUCUUCCAAAAAAGAGGAGGACUCAGACAGGGAAGGAGAGCGGAGACCCAGUGAAGAGUGUGAGGUGUCUGAAGCUGAACUGGCUACUGAAGACGAGAACGUGUCUGGCUGUUGUAUCGUGACGGAAAGUGACACGGAUCUGGAGGUGGAGUACCAGGAAUGUGGAAAUGGCAAAGCGGAGGCUGGAGAACAGGACGGAGGUGAAGGCGUGUCCCCAUCUGACUCCAACACAGUCAACCAGGAUGAGGAUUCCUUCAGUAUUCUGGAUGGAGACUCUCUGCUGGAGGUGGAGGGUCCGCAGCUGGAGAUGCCUCCUCUGUUUGUACACCUCACCUGCUCUGUCAACAUGAAGAGCUGCCAUGGCUCCAUGCCCACACAAACGCUGCCAACCUGCCUGGGUGAAGUCAUUACUUGUCUUGAGAACGCUGAGAAUCUUCAGUCGGUUGAUCUGAACGAGUUGUCUGUCACUCUUGAUAUCUUUGUGCUCACGUUACCUCUGGAGAUCGAGGUCAUGGCCCCUGACUUCCACCACAACCGGUACACAUCUGAGAGCAGUGUGUCUCUGAACCGCUCCCCUGGACAGCCCUCGUCCUAUCGCUCUGACGAGGAGCUCAUGGGAAAUCUAGAUGGUCUGCGUGGGGUUGGUGUGGAAAGUAUGUCUGGAGAUCCGCUGUCCAAACUUCCUAUUCCACACAAAAUGGCUGUUUUAGCCACCAUGGAUGAGAUCCGUUGGCUCUUGGAGGAUGAGAUCGUCUCUGCUCUACGACACUCUUCUGUUAUCAAUUCCUCCACCCUGCAGAAAGUUUCCGAGCAUGUGUGUCGUUCCAGCGGCCGCCCGCAGUGCCACUGUGAGGUCGUUCCCCUGCAGUUCGUAUUUGGUCCAGAGCAGUCGCUGGAAAAGUUUCAAGAGGAGUUCAAGAGGUUAUCGUUUCCUGGUUACCUGCUAAAUGCGGAGCAAUACAACUUCCACUACGUCUCACUUAGUCGGCAGCAGUCUCACAGGCUCCAGGCUGCAAGACAGCUCUCUAACAUCACUGCUCAGUACUCAACUGGCACAGAAACAACAUCUAAGCAAACCAGCCUGUGUCCUGAGGUGGAAGAUGAUGCCAAAGUAACAGCAAACAUCUCCACAUUAGACAAAGAAGGGGAGCCAAAGAAAAAUAUGCUGGACACUGAGCAGGUUGAGUGUGGAGUCACGGCACAGCAGCAGGCGAGGGAUGAGGGGGACAUGCGGCCUGCAGCAGCUGACUCAGCCAGUGAGUCUCUCUCCGAGACCUCUGAACCUGGGCAGGUCAAACAGACUGAUGCAGAGGAGACUCGACCUCAGAGUGCCGUCAGUGGUGCUGCUCACUUGCAGAUGGGCAGCAGCACCGAACGCUCAUCUGAUCACACGUCCCCUCCCAAAACACCCUCCGCUGCCAGCCUGGCCGAAUCCGUGCAGUCUGCCACACACAGCAGUGGCAAACUGCGGCCCAGUCGAGUUCAGAGCGUCGUCUCCAGUCAGGGCAGCCUGGACUCAGACAUGCUAGGUUAUGAUGGUGGCAGCAGUGAUUCUGAGUGUGAAGGACCUACUAUGAAUGAGCAGGAGAGACAGAUGCCGCUCAUGCCUGAUUUCUGGCUCAUCAUCAGAAUUCAUCAGGACAGAGUGGAAGUUUUCUCCCAUGCCAGGAGUUUUAACAGAGCGAAAGAGGAGGAAGAGGAAGAGAUUCCAGAAUACCUGCGUCUUCAUCAGCUGGUGGUGAGAAGGAUUGGAGAAAUGUGCCGAAUAGUCAACCAGCGCCUCCUUCUACAAGACCUGCAUGAUAGUCAUGUAUGCCAUUCUCUCCUGGUUGCUGAGAGUGAAGAGGACAUCUGGAAGCAUGAAUCACUCUACCGGCCCAGGAUGACCAACUCUGAUGAUUACAACGCUGACGAAAGCUAUCAGCCGCGGGACUACCUUGCCGCCACUAUGCAGUUCAUACCGGGUUACUUCGCCUGUGAUGUGGUCUGGAGCACCGUUAUUUAUAUUCACCCACGGCUCAAAAUGGGGCCCAACAUGGGCGUGUCCCGGGCUAUCCAGGCUCUGCGGUCCGUUCUAAAUGCCUUUUGUGUGGUCAACCGCAAAAACAUGUUUGUCUAUCAGGAGCGCACCACCAAAUCUGUGUUCUACCUCCGACUCUCCGAGACAUCUCAGGCAGGGAAGUACAGUGAUUUGGAUGGAAACAUGCACACGCGCUCCGUCGGUCUGGCCCGCAGCCAGGAGCCGCUGGGCUCUGAGGACCUCGCGGGAUCACGCUCAUCUCUGGAAGGCUCAAGGCCGGUUGGACUGGUGGACAAACACAUUUUACUGCUGGUGCAUGGCGUGGGGACUGCAGGUCCAGAGAUCACUGAUGAAUUAGUGAAGGUAUUGAGGAAGCGCCUGGACGAGGCCACGCUGGACAUUAUUACGGUCAUGCUGGUCAGGAACUGCAAACUGACUCCUGCAGAUGUGGAGUUCAUUCAGCCUCCCGGCUCUCCGGCGACAGAAGUGAUGGAGUUCUGCCUGCCUCAGUACUGUGUGCCGUGGAUCCAGGCGGUGGCUCACUACCUCCGCCAGAACCUCCUCAUCUUCCUUCACAUCCCCAAAUACACUGACAGCAACAUCGAGCACCACUUCAAGCAUUACUUCCAUUUGAGCAGCGAGCUGCCCGAUCAUGACAUCUACCUGUACAAUAAACCUGGAGGCCAAGGAACAGGAGGCAAAGGUACAAUGUCGGACCUUGUUCAGAAUCUCUUCCCAACCUCUCAGUUUCAAGGUAUCGCCUGCAUUGUGCUGUCAUUCGUCGACUCUAAAGGCUGCGCGCUGCAGGUUCCCACUCAGGACGGCAGCGGACCAGCGCUCAGAGCUGACGUUUCCACCAUCUCCCUCCAGCCAGACCAGUUUGAGGCCUUGACGACGGUUGUUAAGGUGGACUCUCUCAGCCAGAACUCAGGUGCAGCUGUGCGUGUGCGAUUUGACGUGUGGGAACAGGGUAAUGUCAGCCCCCUGCAGCUGACGGACAGGCUGAGGGCGGCCCUACACCAUGCCCUCUGCGAUGUCAUCAUGGAGAUGCGUGUGCUGCCCAAUCCAUUAUGUCUGGACACAUUCUGUCUGCCUGCUUCCACCCAACGGGAUGAAAGCACAGUUCCCUUGAGUCUUCUGCAGUGUGACAGUAAAGAGGUGAAGGAGAGUCAUCGGCGGCCCAGUGGAGCCCACGGGCUCAGAAGCAGCCCCUCUCCCAUCACCCUGAUUUCUGCCCCCAGUUCCACCCCGACCACAGGAACCAGCACACCCGAGUCCACCACACCCACGGGGAAAACCACCCGCCGCAGCUUCUGGGAAAUGUUGAGUAAACCAGAAACUUCUGAACUUGGCAGUCCAAAGACAACAGAUGACAUUAUACCAGAGCGUGCCGAGGACAGCCGUGUGGGCAGACGGAGACACAAGACGGAGAGUGUCAAACAGCAGUGGAACCAUGAGAAAGCCAUGGCAGUCGAACAAGAGCAGGCCCAGAGGAGACAUGCAGUCCAGCUGGAGGAAGGUGAUACAGGCACUCUUCAAACCGUCUACCAGACCACAUACCUGCCCUGGGUCACCUUCAUGAACAAACUGGGCUGUCCGUCCAUCCAGCAUUGUUCAACUGAAGUCUCGCAUCAUUUCCUUCUGCCUUCCAUCCUCACAGAAAUUGCCAAUCUGGUCAGCUCACUGGCCAGUGACACCACGGUCAAAGUGUUCGAAAGAACCAGCUGUCCUCAGGGAGAUAUAUAUGUCCCCCUGUCAAUCAUCCAGCACAUCAGCCAACCGCCUGCUACCACCAGGAGCUUCAUUCUCAUUGGUCGCAACUUCAGCCAAUGGCAUUGCAGUACAGAGCAAGAAGACAGUUCAGAUGAAGAGAACAGUCCAGUACUAAAUAGGUGCACACCUCAUAAGGGUCUGCAGCGAUUUGAGUCUUUGGAGCACAGUGAUUGGCUGAGCCCGGGACAGGCUGUGAGAGGCGUGGCUCCACGCCAGCGCUUCCUGUACAUACACAUUGUCAAUAAGAAGGUGACUAUGUAUGUGUAUAACUGGUCGGUGGAUCUGGGCGGCUCUCUGAAUCAAGGUCUGGUCAGACUGGUGCACUGGCAGAAUGCCCGCGCACAUGUGGUCAACUGCCUCCUGAGUCAGAAAAUGGGUCUUUUCCAUCAUUACUGCUUCUCUGAUACACCUACGCACGAUGAUCUGAAACAGGAGCCCAACCCCUUCCUUAGCCCCACGAUUGAGGCGGAUGCUCUGUUGAGGAGUCCGGUUCCUCCGGCCGCGAGUAAAGAUCAGGGUCGGUUGGGCAGCUCUGCGCGUGUUCUUCCUCCUCUGGCCUUCCCCGGAGAACUUGUGCCUUUUGAUGAAGCUCUGAGAGACGUGAACACAGGAAGGCCGCUGACCAAUCAGGAUGGAGCGGAUAUAGUCGCUCGCCAUGGAGCCCAGCUUCUUGAGGUCAAAGCAGCAGAACGCAGAGAGUUGGAGAGACAAAUGAAGAUUGAGAAUUUGUUUGUGACGUGGCAGCAGCGGUCAGCUCAAUCUAACAUGCCCAUCUCUGUCGCGGAUUUGGACACACUGAAGCAGUCGUCUCGACUGGUCCAUUACUGCGCUACUCCGCUGCUUUUCGACCCCGUGUUCCGGAAACAGAUUCAAGAGGAACAGGUGCUACAGCCACAGAUGAAGAAGCGGCAUCGCUCCAGUGACUCCACGGCAUCCGGGAGGGAUCGCAGCUACAGCACGGAUUCUGCAGACAUGCUUCCGAGUCGACUGAAGGAGGAGCCUUGGCUGCAGGAGAUCUCCAGCACGUUCCUGCAGCAGUAUGUGCAGUACCUGCAGAGCAUGGGCUUCAUCCUGGUGCAGGUCCGACCGCAGUCGCCCGCACGCAGCAUCGCUCGUGCCCGAGCAGCCAUGUUGAAUUCUUUAUCCACUGAAGGCAGAUCUUCCUUCUCAUCUUUCUCAUAUAAUAAGCAGAAGAGUGAAGACAGCCCGAAGCAGAGCAGUGCAUCAAGCUCGACGUCAUAUCACCUGCAGAGAGCACUGCCGGGAGGCAUCGUGCUGAUGGAACUGGCUUUUCAAGGCUGUUAUUUCUGCGUGAAGCAGUUUGCAUUAGAGUGCUCAAGGAUUCCCAUGGGUCAGACGGUUAAUUCUCAGUCCCAUCUCACUCUUUCUUUCCAUCAGGGUUCUCUUCUCAACAAACCUCCUAGCAAGCCGUUCCCCGAGGCGCCCACGGGCUCUGACUCUGCGCUGUCCAUGCUGUUCACAGAGGAGUGCGAUAAGGUCCGGGAUUUGAUGCACGUUCACUCAUUCAGCUACGACUUCCACCUGCGUGUGGUGCAUCAGUACCUCGUAGGGUGUCACAUGACCCUUCGGCAGGGGUACCAACUCACUGGCUUUCUGGAGGACUUCAUCGCCCAUCACCCUGACAUACCCAAGUUUGGACGCAACCACGUCUUCCAGGGGAGUUUCUCCAUAUCAACGGGGAUGAUCACAGCACAUCAGCUGUAUAAUUACAUCACUGAUCAUGCUGGUACUUACGGGAUGAAGCCCUUGCGCAUGUCUAAGGCUGCAGUUACAACUGAUAACAAAAAGGGGGCGCCGAGCUCAGACCUGCAUGAAUAUGCGCUGGUUGCUCUGUGGAACAGCUCUGGCACAUUUAAAGACCUGGAGGGAUUACGACACCAUGACGACUUUGAUGUGUCGCUGCUGGUGUGUCAUAAUGCCGCCCCUUUUGAGGAGCAGUCUGAAGGAGAGAGACACCUGCUCAGGCUGCGUUUCUACGUGAUCAUGACCAGUCAAAGAGAGCUGUUCCCGCGUUUGACUGCAGACAUGCGGCGAUUUAAGAAACUUCCUCAGAUACACCGUGACCCUGGUGACCUCAGUGGCCGCAUCCAUGUGGAGCGGAUGGAGGCUGGCAGCGUAGGGACGCGGGAAUCUGAACUUGACCUGUGGGAGGAGACCACUGCCCCCGUCAGCCCCGCAGCCAGCCCUGAAUCUGACCACAUAGAGAACCUCCUGCACGCGGGUCAGGCCGUGCUCGGAGACACCGAUGACUCUCAAGGGCUCUUCUUCCUGACUCCUCUCUUCCCCCUGCUCAAUUCAGAGGUGAUGUCUGCGCGGCGGCAGAUUCAGAGCAGUGUGGAGCAGGCCAUGGGCCAUUGCCGUAGGGAUAUCCUUUGGAGGAGGCUUUUUCACGGAGAGCACUUGGCUCUGGAUAAACUCAAACUCAGCAAGCUGGCCUUUGGUGAACUAGAAGAGCUACUGGACGCUGUGCAAAGCAGAUCGGUCGCUGAGAUUGACCCACAGCUGGACUGUUUCCUGAAUAUGAGUCCCGCCUGGUACCAGAGUCUCAUCAAAGUUCUUCUGUCACGUUUCCCACAAAACUGCAGGCACUUUAAAGAUGACAGUGGCAUUCAGUACCUGGCUGUCCUGAACCAGAAGUUUACAGACUGUUUUGUGCUCGUCUUUCUGGACACACAGGCAGGAAAAACUAGUCUAAAGGUUGUCUUCAGGGAGCCUUUACCCGCACAGAGCCAGCCGAGCAGCAGCCCUCCACCUCAGCUGGUCUCCAUGUACCACCAUCUGGAGUCCGUCAUCAACACUGCAUGCUACAACCUCUGGACGGGCCUGCUGUGAACGUGUGCAGACCUCUGCGAGCGGCCCCGUGUGUGUCUUUCAGUGUCUGAAAUCUGUUUGUGCAAAGAUUCAGCUUCGAGCCGCCUCCCGCUCGCAGACUAAGUGCAUUUCGUGUGUGUGUGCUGCGUCGGCCAGGUUGCAUCCAUCUAAGCAAUUAAAUUGCCAACAGGAAAACAGCUAAAUGGGCUGCCCUGUUGAUUUGAGAGCGGUUAACUGGGAGGGGUGUAGUGGCUUGUGAGACUGCGCUGGUUUGCCAAAGCCACACUGUCCUUCUGUAGUCUUAGUGUUCAUUUGUGCUGCUCUCCUCUCAGAUGCUGAUAGGAAACUUAUGUCUCUGUAGCCCGUGCACAUUCGAUUCGGUUUACAAGUCUUAAGUUUUCAUCCGCGCUCUUCAAGAACCACCUGUUGCUGCAGGUUGCCCCAUAAUGCAUUACUUUGUGCAACAUAAUUGUCUUUACUGCCCUUUUAUCAUCCCAAAAGUGCCUUUAUGCCUUUAUUUUAUCUUAUGAAGUUGAGCUAUUAUAUUCAUCUUUUAAGAAGAAUCUCUUGAAGGUUGCAUGGUCUUCAUGUACAUUCAUCAUCAAGGGCGGCGUAACGAUUAGUCCUACUAACGAGACGACACUAGACGUGCAAAGAUCAUGGGAAACCUUUGACACGCUUUUCACAUGCGGGAAACUAAACGUACCGGGACGAUUCAACUCCCAUAAUGACAAAAACUGAAGAAUAAAAUGUGUUUUACUGUUUUUUCUUGAAGGACACUGGACAUUUUUGGAAGAAAGAUUUAUUAAAAAGUUAGAGCAUUAAUUAGGAUUUGAAAUGUCUGAGAAUGUUGUAAUUUGUACAUUAUGUAAAUAGAGGUGGAUUUGUACAAAAAAAAAACGCUUGACAAUAAAUCUUAAAUUAAAACA